GUAAUUCUGUAUUAACCGUUUAGGCCUUUAGGGCUGAGUUUUCAGUGAUACACGCCGCGCCUCCACUCCCCUCCCACUCCCACCGGGCCACCGCGCCUCUUCCCACCUGAGCGCUACCCGCCUCUUCCCACCGGAGUGCCGCCGCGCCAGACCCAGACGCAGACGCGAGACGCUCGGUCGCGAUAAAUCGGCCCAGACACCGAGCAGUCCCUGCCUUUGCUCGCCUCCGUCUCCAAGCUCCGGCAGCCGCAGUCCCUUCGGCCGUUGAAAGGUCGGUCUUUCUUACCUGCCGAAAUUCCUAAAUUUAUGCCUAUGUAACUGAGAUUAAACUUUGUUGAUUCGUGAUUAUUGAGUUGAGAAGUAUGUGUGUGCUUUGAUUCUUGAUACUCCCUAAUGCCCGAUGCUGACUUGCCGUUCCUUCUUUGCCCGAUUGUUUAUGGACUAUUGUUCUUGAAUUUGAUCAAAUUAUAUUUUGGAAAGUUGUGAUCUUGGAAUUGGUCUUCUUGUAGAGAUUGAGCUGCAGACUGAGAGAGAGUCAGAGAGCUGCUUAGAAUGUAUCCAGAAUUGAAAAUGAAGCAAUAGCUGGAAAACUAAAUUAUAGUUUAGAAACUUACUGUUAGCCAAAGUGGUAUAAAUCCUAGAACCGAUGUAAGAGAGGCCAAAAAGAUGCUAGACAAUGCAAGAGCAACAUUCUGUUUAACCUGCAUGUACGCAUACGAGAUCUAAUAACAUACAUUUGUGGUUGAUGGCUCAGAAGGUUUGGUAGAAAAAAAUGGGUAAUUCACCUUAAUCAUCUCCUAAAUUCCUAUUUUCUAUCAUUAUGUAUAUGAAAUUAAUUAAUAAAAUGAGAUGUAUAGUAAAGUAAAGGGAAACUAAUUGUGGGAGUGAAUAGGAGAGUUUGGUUGAGAGAGAUGAUGGAUGAUGAAAAGUAAAGUGAAAACAGCCAGCGGAUUAAACUGGGAUAAUGUUCCUAAGUUUUUGAAAGAUUAACUGAUCUGCCAGAUUUCACUCUAAACCGGUUCGGUUUCUAGUUAGCAAUUUCAGUGUUAAUCGGUUAUGGUUAACCGGAUCGGACCGAAUACCACCCCUACUCCGGCCACACAUAUUGCGGCAAUAAUGAAAACCCUAACAUAUUUCAUGCAUCCCAAUUAAUGAAAUGCCGCUGGGUCUUCUUCUUCAUCAUCCUACGUCAUUUUCUUCUUUCUGCGUCGAGGAGAGCAGCAGUAGUAAGGAGAAUAAGGAAGAUCCAGUAGCCACCACCAUGAAAAACUUGUAGUUGUCGCUCGCUGUCUCUGUCUCACAAAAGAAAACCCUUCGCUCUCUCCGCCGCAUGGACCACCCCGCCCCACCUUCUCUGGCAGUUGCCGCAGCACGACACGUACCCUUUUUUCCUCGCUAUCACCGCCUCUCUUUCACUUUGUCUCUCUCGCCUAUCACUCGUCGCCGCACGGACCGCCCUGCCUUCUCCCACAGCAACCGUAGCACCGCUCCGGCAUAGAGAAGUCCGCCUCUCCGGCCUCUAUGGCUUCGACUCGGCUCCUCUGUCCGGCCUUCAAAACAGCAGUCGGACCGAAAGUGGUUUGCUUCGAAUUGCGUGAUUAUUCAGAGAUGAAGUGCAGAGAGAAGUAUGAAGCGCUAAGCGAGGUCUUAUUUUUCACAAAUUUCGUAUUUGGUGGAAUGGCGGAGGAGGAGGAGAUGGCGGAGGAGAGAGAGAGCGUGCAAAGUGGGGAUGAUGCGAGCUUGGAUGAAGAAGCUGUGAGGAGAGAGAGACGGAGGGAGAAAAAAAGGAAGCGGCUGUUGAAAGAAGCUGAGAAAGCAGAGAAGCGCGGCGUUUGCUAUUUGAGUCGGGUGCCUCCGCAUAUGAAUCCGUUGAGGCUUCGCCAAAUUCUUUCACAGUAUGGAGAAAUAGGCCGAGUUUAUCUUACUCCAGAAGAUCCUGCUAAUCAAAUGCGCCGGAAAAAGUCUGGUGGAUUCAGGGGGCAAGAGUUCUCAGAGGGGUGGGUUGAGUUCAUUGACAAGAAAGUUGCAAAGAGAGUUGCGAGCAUGUUGAAUGGAGAACAAAUUGGUGGAAAGAAAAGGUCGUCCAUCUACUAUGACCUGUGGAAUAUCAAAUAUUUGAGUAAAUUUAAGUGGGAUGAUCUCAAAGAGGAGACAGAAAUAAAGAAUGCUACACGAGAGCAGAAGCUGGUGUUGGAACUCUCUGCUGCCAAAAAAGAGCGAGACUUUUAUCUCUCCAAAGUUGACCAAUCAAAGGCGAUUAGUAAGAUUGGAGAGCGGUUAAAGAAGAAGAGGAAGAUUGAAAUGGUACCGAAAGUAGUCCGCCAUUUUCCUCAGAAGAGACCAUUCGGGAACGAAACCGGAGAGAGCAAGGGCCAACUAUCAAGGGACAUCUUGGCAGGAGUGAGUGUUUAUUUGAUUCUGUCAGCUAUUCUUGAUUCUAUGUGUUUGAUGUUUAGAAUUUUCAUGUAUGUAUUUCAGGUUUUUGGUUCGUGAUGAGUUUUAUGUGAAUCGGCUUUUUUUGUGAGGUAUCGUUUCCCUCAAGUGCAGUUUUGGAGUUUGCAAGCACUCGAGUUGAUGUUCAUGCUUUCUCAUGUUUGUGGCUGUUAAAUGCUCCACCGUAGCUCAUAUUUCUUGUAUACUAUGUAAUAUAUCGAAUGUUAUAGCAAUUUAUUGCCAAAAAAAAUAGAAUUCGUAGUUUUAACAUCUUCAGUCUCUUUGAGUUUUUGGAUUGUAUCAACUCUUUUUACUCUAUUUUGGUCUCUCUUGUCAAUUAAGAAUCAUUAGGAAAAUUAUAUA